AUGGAUCCAUUCGAAGUAAGGAUGCAAUUCCUUACCCUCCUCCGAAGACUCAACGCCUCGCAACCCUCAAUCCAGAAAGUUGUCGGGUAUGCGUUGAAGUACUACGCCCGCUGCGGCGAGGACCUGUGGGAUUGUGUCAUCGAAGAGUGCCAAAAGGGCGACAUUAAUCACCGAAUAAACAUCCUGUACUUCCUCGACUCGUUAUGCGAGACGUGUCUACUAGCAAAGUCUCAGCCGGGGUCGCUCGGCCCUGAGAGUGCGAAUCACAGUCUGUAUAUGGACUAUGUCGCGCGAGACCUGGCGAAGAUUGUGGGGUACGUGGUGCCGGAAGGGCGGCAAGGGCUGCCGAACCUCAUGAGCACUAAGCAAAUAUUGGAACGCUGGCGCAGCAAACGCGUGAUCGACCCACAAAUAAUCGACGAGAUCACCGCCGGCCUCAACGCGCGCCGCGCCGCGCCUCCCUCUUCGCCCUCCGGGCAGCCCUCGCUCCAAUUCUCCAAAAACGACGUAUUCAAGCGGAUCGAAGAGGACCGGGAGCGGCACAAGCGCCUGCGCGAGCGCCGGUGGGUGCAGCCAGUCACACACAACCACGCACAGCUUCAGGGCCAGCUCGCGAGCUUCCUGCCGCUGACAGACGACGCGGACGGAGAGGGCGAGCUGACGAUCGACAUCGAGUUCGAUAAUGAGUGGGAGACGACGAGCGACUGGAACGAGGAUGACGACGAGGCCGCGGCGGAGGAGAAUGAGCUGUGUUUUCCAGGGGAAGGGGGAGGAGAGAAGCCGAUGGAUUUAUCGUGAUUCAGAUGAAUACUGCAUAUAUUAUUGUUUAUUGGGCUCAGCCUGAAUCCUUGGGUUGUCCUGUGCUGUUGACGUUGCCUCGGAUUCGGAGGUAUGGCGAAAGGGACUGGCAUCAUACAAGUCUCAAGGUUACAAUUUACAUUUGCGUGCGACAAAACGAGGACAUAAAUUCAUUAGGCGUAAAGUAUAGAAAUCA